UGUGUCUGGUGGUUGAUUUAUGCAGAAAUCCUGAAAACCCGUGGAACUGCGGCUCCAUCUGAGAGAGGGAGGUGACCGUCCGCACACUCACGGGUUUGUCCCUUUCGAGCUGCCGUAUCAACUGAACGGCGGUCACAUGGCCUGCCGUGUGACGAGGCUGGGCUGCUGCUGUCCUCCUCCUCCUCCUCUCUCUGUCUCGGAGUUUCACCUGUUCCGCUGGAAUUCACCAACGUUUUACACCCGCUCUGGUCCCGUGGAAGGGUUUGGUGCCUGCUGUGGGUCUGAGCUCCUGCUCGUGAUGGAGAAGGACUGGGGUGGGCAUUGCCCUCAGUCAGGUGUGCUAUGAGUUUUUGGAUUACUCCCGCUGUGCCAUAAUACACCCAGCGCAUCAGUUUCAGCCUGUGCCCCAUGGCCUCCGGGUACCCGCCUCCAUUCGAAGGCUCGGCUGAGGUCAAGGAGGGCUUUCUUUGCCCCCUGUGUCUGAAAGACCUGCAGUCCUUCUACCAGCUGCAGGACCACUAUGAGGAGGAGCACUCUGGAGACAACCGCCAUGUUGGUGGACAAAUAAAGAGUUUAGUACAGAAGGCCAUAAAGGCUAAAGACAAGCUCCUGAAGCGGGAUGGAGAUGAGAGGACAGAGACCAGCUAUGAAUCUUUCUACUAUGGGGGAGUGGACCCCUAUAUGUGGGAGCCUCAAGAAUUGGGAGCCACUCGGAGUCACCUGGAUCUUUUUAAGAAACACAGAGCUGCUAGGAUUGACCAUUAUGUCAUCGAAGUCAACAAACGCAUCAUUAGACUGGAGAAGCUCACUUCCUUUGACAGAACCAACAUGGAUGCUGGGAAGAUAAGAGCAUUGGAGAAGUCAGUGGUGCCCUGGGUGAGUGAUCAGGACGUACCGUUCUGCCCAGACUGUGGAGGCAAGUUCAACAUCAGAAACCGGCGCCAUCACUGCCGUCUUUGUGGCUCCAUCAUGUGCCGGAAGUGCAUGGAGUUUGUGCCCCUACCGCUGGCAUAUAAGUUAACCAGCAGCACUCGAGAGGCACUGUGUGUGCCAGGCAGUCCAGGAAAGGGUGGGUCUCCUGGAGCAGGAGGUCCUGUAGUGCAGCAGCUUCCACGCCGUGGUUCUAUCAGCAGCCUUUCUUCAGUCAGCUCUGUGCUGGAAGAGAAGGAUGAAGACCGUAUCCGCUGCUGCAGCCACUGUAUGGACGCCCUGCUCCGUCAUCAGCACAAACUGGAAGAGAAAGACCACGUGCCUGACAUCGUCAAACUCUACGAGAGGUUGAGGAUGUGUAUGGAGAAGGUGGAUGAGAGGGCUCCAGAGUACAUCCGCAUGGCUGAGUCACUCAAUGCUGGCGAGACGACCUAUAACCUGGAAACUGCUGGUGGUCUUAGGCUGGAGGUGCAGAAAUACUAUGAGCAUAUUGAUGCUCUUAGUAAGAAGAUUCUAACACUAGGACUAAAAGAUGAGGUGCAGCCCCACCCGAAGACUCUCCAGCUGCAGAGGAUGGUCCGCUACUCAGCAACAUUAUUUGUGCAGGAAAAGCUGUUGGGUCUGAUGUCUCUUCCUACAAAGGAGAAAUAUGAAGAGCUGAAAGAGAAGAGGAGAGAGGAGCAGGAGAAGAGGAUCCAACAGGAGAGACAGGCAGCUCUGGAGGCACAAAAGCGACGUUCUGAAAUGGAGAAGAACCGCCCGAUCCUCAGUGCUAAUGGAGAUGCCCCUCGCCUUGCCCAGGGUCCUCGCAUGACCAAAGCUGGGGGCUGGCUGCCCUCUUCGGACGCCGUCCACUCACGCAGUCGCGAACUGGAUGACCCUUUGCUGCAGCAGAUCAACAACAUCGAGUCGUUCCUGCGACAGGCGCGGGCGGCCAAUCGCACCGACGAGAUCGCCAUGCUGGAGGAGAACCUGCGGCAGCUGCAGGACGAGUUUGAUGCCCAGCAGACCAGCCGGGCCAUCGAGCUGUCUCAGCGGCUGGCCGAGGAGGAAAGCUUGCAGCAGAGCCAACUCCAAUACCUGGAGCAGAGGGAACUGGAGAGCAAACUACACACCAGAGAGCGCUCUUUAGAUUUUGGAGAAGAAAAGAAUGUAGAAGAACAUGGGGUAACUGGAAGCAACUCAAGAGAAGAUUUGAAUGUAAGCCCAGUGCUUAGUCCACUGCUUAAGACUCAAUCCAUAAAGUCUUUCCCACGAUUACCAGGGAAUUCUCCACCACUGCAGAGAGACGAGCGUACACCAACUCCCCCUGCUGGAGAGACACUGAACAGCAGCACCAGUGCUUCACUAAAUCCAUUUGAUGAAGAUGCCACUCCAAUUGAGGAAGACCCAACAAACCCUUUCAGCGAGGAAAUCCAGAAAGAACAUGGCCAAGCAUCUAGCAGAAAAAACAAAGAGUACAACCCUUUCGAGGACAAGGAGGAUCAGGAGAGAGAAGGGAAAGAAAGUGGACCCAGAAACCCCUUUGAAGACGAUGUUGACAACGAUGACAAAGGUAACCCUUUCAAAGAGACGUCAAACCAGACGCCAGCUGCCUCAACCAAUCCCUUUGAUGAAGAUGACGAUGGCCCGGCAGUGGACGACAUAAUCGAGGAAGAGUUGCUGCUCCAGCAGAUUGAUAACAUCCGUGCAUACAUAUUUGAUGCCAAGCUGAGUGGACGCACAGACGAAGUGGAGCUACUGUCACAAAACCUGAGGGAGCUACAGAGCACCCUACAGGAGCAAAAGAGGAAAACGCACUGACCACCGUCCACAAACCUUCUCUUUUUCAGUGUCACUCCUGUUGUGGUCAAAUGUCAAGAGAAUACUGGAACGAAGGACACAUUUAAAGCAUCUUUAAAUGUCUUGCCAUUUUUCUCUGCUGAUACGUGCACACAGAACAUAAGGCAGACUAGAGCUUGCCUCAUAGGAGUGUGCUGACAGAAGCACAAAGGCAUGAAGUUACAACUGAGCACUUCUUUGAAGUUCUUCAGUAGAGGCAUAUAGGGUUGGAGAAAACAAGACUUGGUUAUUAGCAGUUACACCUGGAGAAUUUCUGAUUUGCAUACAUGAACAUACCAUUAUGUCUUUGAAGUUUAUGUCUUGGUUAUUUUAAGUGACAUCUAAGGUUCCAAUAUUGUUUAACUCAGUCAUGAUCCAAACAAGCAACUCAAUUGAAAUGUCCUGCACUUUCAGCACAGGGACACCACAAAUGACUUAUAUUCAAGGCAUGAAAAUUUUAUUAAAUUAGUUUCCAACAAGUUUCAAUAGACUGAUCAUGACCCUACUGUCAACAUGUGAAAACUGUCUAGUUCUAAAGAUUUGAUGAAAAAUAAUCAAAACAAUGAGAAUUUAAAAAGAAGCGUAGUAAUAACUUUUUUCAGUACUCCAUGUCAGGUUAGACAAUUAAAUAUUCGAAAAAGGUAGGCUAGUACAGGCAUUUGGAAAGGAAAAAGAAAGCAUUCAGAAGAAGGAAAUAUUAUGGAAGUUUAAUAAUUAACUGGAGGCACCAGUGAUACAAAUACAGUUUGCUAAUUUGGCUUCCAGCCUACUUGUUUUCCUUGAUCGAUUUUAGCACGUCAGCAUGGCCACACAGUUGCAAAGCAUGUCUGAUGUCUCUGCACGCAGAUAUAGGAAUGCAUCUCUUGCAUUACUACAAGACUUGCAGGUAGUUUUAUACGUUCAUUGAAAUCAACACGCACAAUCCGCCGCUCUAGAACUGAUGCUGAUUUCCUUGCAGCCGAAUUGGCCUUUUCUGUUAACCUGCAGCUCACACUGUGUGGGCUAAAUGAAACUAAAGGUGACCAAUUGCAUUUUUUGUGGUGGUGGUUGUUAAAAGAGGAAUUUGAAAACAUAAGCUGCAUUUUAUUACAACAUUAUUCACAGUUGAGCCCCUGCAACGAGAAACCAUAUUAACCAUUUCGCCCUUUUUUUUUUUUUUUUUGGAUUGUACAGCCUUUUACAUUAAAAGCCAAACUAUGCUUUCUUUACAUUUUUGAUGUCCGCUUUAUUUUAAAUACCGGGCAUCAAACAGUGCCAUACAAUGCCUGAAUGAUUUUUACAAAUUAAUUUCACAAAUAGUUUUUUGUUGCAAGGCCUCAAUUGUUUUACGUAUGUAUAAGUUUUACGUAUUAGGAAAUUUAACUGGAAGUCUGGCGCUCUUCAGCUUUCAGGCCUAAAGCCUAAAAUUGUAUGUGCUGGCCAAAAAGGCCUAGGGCUGAAUUUAAAGGAAAUCACAUUUCAUUGCAACAUUAAUCAUAAAUUUCUACAUAAAACACAGAAGCAUAUUCCAGUUAUAGCAGCAUUCAAAUACAGCGCGAGUAAACUCACCUGGGUUUGUUUUUACGUCGGAUCAGGCACCCCUAAUGAACAUUUUUCACAUGUUGGCCUAGUAUGAUGCCACAUAUGAGCUUGUGGAAGUGAAAGUGGUAGAAUUUCCCCUUCAGGCAGUUUGAGUGUAGUACCGCUGUGCUGGUAGACUCUACAUAUGUUUAUGUAACUAAUUGCAACUUUAGUUUUGCAAAGGCUUCUCUACACAGUAUCGCAUCUUUUACAGUCUUCUACAGUCCUUUCCAGUGGCCGUGUUGGAUGUUUGCUUAAUUAUAUUUUAAUUCUGUAUCUAAACUUGACAUAUGAGAUGGAUAUUUUGUCUAACACUAAACCAGUUCUUUGUUGUUUCUUCCUCUAGACAACUUCACUUUAAUUGAGGACUGUUGAUGUUCUUUUGAUUGUUGUAUUGAGGUUUAUUUAUCAUGAUUAAGCAGUAUUUCAGUACCACUAAGAACACGUCUGUACAGGGCCAAACGCAGAACGUUUUCUAAACACGUUCUUCUAACAAGCAGGCCUAAGUAAUGUGUUUAUGGCUAAGGUGAAUUAAAUGUCUGGUAGCUUUUGAAUAAAAAUGCCUGUUCACAUUCAGAGCCAUCAGAACAAAACCACUGCACUAAUAAACAUGACCAAGUAAGAACAGAGUGGUCAAAUGUA